AUGGAUAUUGACCCUCGCACUCAUUUACUCCACUUGAGAAACUUCACAUAUUUUUCCUUCUUCUCUGAGCUGCACCACCCUGAUCAUGUUACCACUAUUGUCGAGACCUUGGCUAUCUCCACCGUCUUCCUGGUAUCCGUGGCAGCAAACACGGGAGCUGCAGCCCUGGUAACCUGGGAACGCAGACUGCUGGCCAACAAGACCAUCCUGACCCUCAACUUGUUUGUGGCCGACCUGCUCUUUGUCAGCAUGAUCCCAAUGAUAGUGGCGGUACGCUGGACUGUGUCCUGGACACUGGGAUUUGCGGCCUGUCACGCUGUGAUGUAUGUCAUCUGUAUGAGCGGAUGUGUCACCAUCACUACCCUGGCCUCCAUCAGCGUGGAGAGGGUCCAGGCAAUCCUUCGGCUGCAGACUGCGCCCACUCUAAACCCUAGAAUGGUGACUGCCACCCUCAUCUUCAUCUGGGCCUUUUCUGCUCUCACCACUUUACCCCUCAGUCUGUUCUUCACUGUGAUGGAAGUGGAUUUUCCUGGGCAGGAACGUGUGCACAUCUGUACACUCAAGUGGCCUGACACAACUGGUGAGAUUGUGUGGAAUGUGUCCUUUACCGCCCUGUGCUUCCUUCUCCCGGGACUCAUUAUCGUGGUCAGUUACAGCAAAAUAUUACAGAUUGCUAAAAGCUGUAAGCGAAGGCUCCGAACUCGUGACAAUCAGCCCCAAGUUGGAGAUUCCCUCGAGUACCACGUCUCCCGCCAGGAUAUGAAGCUCUUCCGUACUCUUCUGGUCCUUGUGCUGUCUUUCUUAAUCAUGUGGAGCCCCAUUUUCAUCAGCACGUUCCUCAUCCUGGCCAGAAACUUCUUUGGACAACUGUAUAUCUCCUCCACCAUGUUUUUCUGGGUGGUAACAUUCACACUGGCCAACUCAGCUCUCAAUCCCAUCCUCUAUUCAGUCUGCCAGUUUAAGAACGGCUGGCGUAAGCUCUGCUGUGGGUCUGCUGUGGUGCCACAGCGAAAGGAACCUUGUGGCAGUCGUCGAAGACAAGGGAUGCCUCCAUGA